AUGAGUAAAGGCUACCCUUCGAAGUGCCGAGGACGGGUGGCCUCUGACGCAGAGGAGCUGAAGGUGUUCUGGGAGGAGAAAAUCCGGCGCCACGCGCGGCAGCGGCAGAGAGAGGAGGAGCGGGUCCGCGGGAGCGCCCUGGACAGGCUCCGUGGAGAAUGGGCUCAGAAGCUGGGGCUGCGGCACAGGGCGCUGCAGGCUCCCCAGGAGGCCGCCCCGCGCUCCUCCGGAGACAAGGCCGCAGCCUGA